GCGAGCCGCGGCGGCAGCAGGCAGCCCGGGAGCUCCGGCGGCGGCCGAGCCAGCGGCGGCCCCGCUCCCUGCCCCCUGCAAACUUUGCGAGCAGCCCGCCCGGGGGGCCGGGGACGCGCCUGGGAGGCUCGGCUUGGACUACGGCCGCGCUCUUGGCCGCCGCAGCGCUAGCCGCCGCCGUCGCUGCUACCACCGCAGCUCCGCGCCUCCCCGGGGAGCUGCCGGCGGCUUCCGAGGCCCCCCAGCCCCGGCCCCUGGGCACUGCCCGGCUAGUCCCCGGCCAGGGUUGGGGGCGACAGCGGCGCAGCCAGCCCCGGGCUGCCAGGGGGUGGCCGUCACUGCCCAGGGAGGCGCGCAGAGGAUCGGAGAGCGCUCCCCGGCGGGUCCCCAACGUACUCGCCGCCGCGCCCGGGCAGCGGCCCGACCCGGCUAGCAUGGGCGGCGCGGAGUGACGCCGCCGUGCCCGCUUGGCAUCAAGGACAUUCAGCCCGCGGGGGUGGGGACGAAGGGGGGCAGCCCCGCGUCGCCGCCGCAGCCCCUGAGAGCCACCGCUGUCGCUGCUUGGGCUCCGGGGCUGGAUGGAAGCUAGGGGUGCUUGGAAUUGAUCUUCAUUUCCUGACCUUUUUGUUGGACAUUACGCCCACCUUGGACGCUGCAAGAGGAGCUGUCAAGCCCGGCAGGCUCUGAUUUGGCCCCCUCCGUUUUUCUCUGCUGCUCGUGGCUUCCCCGUGCCUCGGUGGAGUAUUUGCGUUCGGGGCUGGGGCUGGAGGAGGCAGCCACACGCGCGCACACGCACACGUUCAGAGGAGGGCGAGAGGCAGCGGUACAGGCACCAUCUGCAGUGUCAAUGCGGCGCUGGGGCUGAAGGAGGGAAACGCCGCGCUUCCAGGGGAGACAGCCCUGCUGAGUCCUGGCCCCCGCGAAGGGACAGUUGUGCUGGAGUGCUGCUGUGUCUGCGAGGACCUGUGUCUGAGAUGAAAGCCAUGCCCUGGAACUGGACUUGCCUGCUCUCCCACCUGCUGGUGGUAGGGAUGGGCUCCUCCACUCUGCUUCCACGACAGCCACCCCAGCUGUCUCAGAAGCCUUCCUUUGUGACAUUCCGAGGGGAGCCUGCUGAGGGCUUCAAUCACCUUGUGGUGGAUGAGAGGACAGGGCACAUUUAUUUGGGGGCUGUCAACAGAAUCUACAAACUCUCUAGUGACCUCAAAGUCUUGGUGACUCAUCAGACAGGGCCAGAUGAGGACAACCCCAAGUGUUACCCACCUCGGAUUGUUCAGACCUGCAAUGAGCCUCUGGCCAGCACCAAUAACGUCAACAAGAUGCUGCUUAUAGACUACAAAGAAAACAGGCUGAUCGCGUGUGGGAGCCUGUACCAGGGUAUCUGCAAGCUCCUGAGGCUAGAGGACCUCUUCAAGUUGGGAGAGCCCUUUCACAAGAAGGAACAUUAUCUCUCGGGGGUUAACGAGAGUGGCUCAGUCUUUGGGGUGAUUGUUUCCUACAGCAACUUUGAUGAUAAACUCUUUAUUGCCACAGCAGUGGAUGGCAAACCUGAAUAUUUUCCUACCAUCUCCAGCAGGAAGCUGACUAAGAACUCUGAGGCCGAUGGCAUGUUUGCUUACGUUUUCCAUGAUGAAUUUGUGGCCUCUAUGAUUAAGAUCCCUUCAGACACUUUCACGGUUAUCCCCGACUUUGACAUCUACUACGUCUAUGGCUUCAGCAGUGGCAAUUUUGUCUACUUUUUGACCCUUCAGCCAGAGAUGGUGUCUCCCCCAGGCUCCACGACAAAGGAGCAGGUGUACACCUCAAAGCUUGUGAGGCUUUGCAAAGAGGACACAGCCUUUAACUCCUACGUAGAGGUGCCCAUUGGCUGUGAGCGCAAUGGGGUGGAGUAUCGCUUGUUACAGGCUGCCUACUUGUCUAAAGCUGGUGCAGUGCUUGGCCGGACCCUAGGAGUCCGCCCAGAUGACGACCUCCUCUUCACCGUCUUCUCCAAGGGCCAGAAGCGGAAGAUGAAAUCUCUGGAUGAGUCUGCCCUGUGCAUCUUCAUCUUGAAGCAGAUCAAUGAUCGCAUUAAGGACCGCCUGCAGUCCUGUUAUAGGGGUGAGGGAACACUAGACCUGGCCUGGCUCAAGGUGAAGGACAUCCCUUGCAGCAGUGCGCUCCUUACUAUUGAUGACAACUUCUGUGGCCUGGAUAUGAAUGCUCCUCUGGGAGUUUCCGAAAUGGUGCGUGGCAUUCCAGUCUUCACAGAAGACAGGGACCGCAUGACUUCUGUCAUCGCCUAUGUCUACAAGAACCACUCACUGGCCUUCGUGGGCACCAAAAGUGGCAAGCUGAAGAAGAUCCGGGUUGAUGGGCCCAAGGGAAAUGCCCUCCAAUAUGAGACUGUGCAGGUGGUGGACUCAGGACCAGUCCUCCGGGACAUGGCCUUUUCCAAGGACCACGAGCAACUCUACAUCAUGUCAGAAAGGCAGCUUACCAGAGUUCCUGUGGAGUCCUGUGGGCAGUACCGGAGCUGUGGCGAGUGUCUUGGCUCAGGUGACCCCCAUUGUGGCUGGUGUGUGCUCCACAACACGUGCACCCGGAAGGAACGGUGUGAACGCUCCAGAGAACCCCGAAGGUUUGCCUCAGAGAUGAAGCAGUGUGUCCGGCUGACGGUCCAUCCCAACAACAUCUCUGUCUCUCAGUACAACGUGCUGCUGGUCCUAGAGACAUACAAUGUCCCGGAGCUGUCAGCAGGUGUCAACUGUACCUUUGAAGAUCUGUCAGAGAUGGAUGGGCUGGUAAUAGGCAAUCAGAUCCAGUGCUACUCCCCUGCAGCCAAGGAAGUGCCCCGGAUCAUCACAGAAAAUGGGGACCAUCAUGUUGUCCAGCUGCAACUCAAGUCAAAGGAGACUGGGAUGACCUUCGCCAGCACCAGCUUUGUCUUCUACAACUGCAGUGUCCACAAUUCAUGCCUGUCCUGUGUGGAGAGCCCGUACCGUUGCCACUGGUGUAAAUACCGGCAUGUUUGUACUCACGACCCCAACACAUGCUCCUUCCAGGAAGGCCGAGUGAAGCUACCUGAGGACUGCCCCCAGCUGCUGCGAGUGGACAAGAUCCUCGUUCCAGUAGAGGUGAUCAAGCCCAUCACUCUGAAGGCUAAGAACCUCCCACAGCCUCAGUCGGGACAGAGAGGCUACGAGUGCAUCUUGAACAUCCAGGGCAUCGAGCAGAGGGUACCUGCUCUGCGCUUCAACAGCUCCAGUGUGCAGUGUCAGAACACCUCCUAUUCCUAUGAAGGAAUGGAGAUCAACAACCUGCCAGUGGAGUUGACAGUCGUGUGGAAUGGACACUUCAACAUUGACAACCCAGCUCAGAAUAAAGUUUACCUCUACAAGUGUGGAGCCAUGCGCGAGAGCUGUGGGCUGUGCCUCAAGGCCGACCCGGAUUUCGAGUGUGGCUGGUGUCAGAGCCCAGGCCAGUGUACCCUGCGCCAGCACUGCCCUGCCCAUGAGAGCCGGUGGUUGGAACUGUCGGGGGCCAACAGCAAGUGCACCAACCCUCGUAUCACAGAGAUCAUCCCAGUGACGGGCCCUCGAGAAGGGGGCACCAAGGUCACCAUCCGAGGGGAGAACUUGGGCCUGGAAUUCCGUGACAUUGCAUCACACGUGAAAGUGGCUGGUGUGGAAUGCAGCCCCUUGGUGGAUGGCUACAUCCCAGCUGAACAGAUCGUGUGUGAGAUGGGUGAGGCCAAGCCUAGCCAGCAUGCAGGCUUUGUGGAGAUCUGUGUGGCUGUGUGUCGGCCUGAGUUCAUGGCCCGCUCUUCGCAGCUCUAUUACUUCAUGACUCUGACCCUCGCAGAUCUGAAGCCCAACCGAGGACCCAUGUCUGGGGGGACACAGGUUACCAUCACAGGUACCAACUUGAAUGCAGGCAGCAAUGUUGUGGUGAUGUUCGGGAGCCAGCCCUGCCUCUUCCACAGGCGCUCUCCAUCCUACAUUAUCUGUAACACUACAUCCUCAGAGGAGGUGCUGGACAUGAAGGUGACUGUGCAGGUGGACAGGGCCAGGAUCCGCCAGGACCUGGUCUUUCAGUACGUGGAGGACCCCACCAUUGUGCGGAUUGAACCAGAAUGGAGCAUUGUCAGUGGGAACACACCUAUUGCUGUCUGGGGAACUCACCUGGACCUCAUACAGAACCCACAGAUCCGUGCCAAGCAUGGAGGAAAAGAACACAUCAACAUCUGUGAGGUCCUAAAUGCUACAGAGAUGACCUGCCAGGCUCCAGCCCUUGCCCUGGGUCCCGACCACCAGUCAGAUCUCACUGAGAGGCCUGAAGAAUUUGGUUUCAUCCUGGACAAUGUCCAGUCUCUGCUAAUUCUCAACAAGACCAACUUCACCUAUUAUCCUAACCCCGUGUUUGAGGCUUUCAGUCCCUCGGGAAUCCUGGAGCUCAAGCCGGGCACCCCCAUUAUCCUAAAGGGCAAGAACUUGAUCCCGCCUGUGGCCGGAGGCAAUGUGAAGCUGAACUACACCGUGCUGGUUGGGGAGAAACCAUGCACCGUGACAGUAUCAGAUGUGCAGCUGCUCUGCGAGUCUCCCAACCUCAUCGGCAGGCACAAAGUGAUGGCACGGGUGGGUGGCAUGGAGUAUUCCCCUGGGAUGGUAUACAUCGCCCCAGACAGCCCGCUCAGCCUGCCCGCCAUUGUCAGCAUCGCGGUGGCUGGUGGCCUCCUCAUCAUCUUCAUCGUGGCCGUACUCAUCGCCUACAAACGCAAAUCCCGAGAAAGUGACCUCACGCUGAAGAGGUUGCAGAUGCAGAUGGACAACCUUGAGUCCCGUGUGGCGCUGGAGUGCAAGGAAGCUUUUGCCGAGCUGCAGACAGAUAUCCAUGAGCUUACCAGUGACCUGGAUGGAGCUGGGAUUCCCUUUCUGGACUACAGAACCUAUACCAUGCGGGUGCUGUUCCCAGGGAUUGAAGACCACCCUGUGCUACGAGACCUUGAGGUCCCAGGCUACCGGCAGGAGCGUGUGGAGAAAGGACUCAAGCUCUUCGCCCAGCUCAUCAACAACAAGGUGUUCCUGCUCUCUUUCAUCCGCACUCUGGAGUCUCAGCGCAGUUUUUCCAUGCGCGACCGAGGUAACGUGGCCUCCCUCAUCAUGACGGUACUUCAGAGCAAGCUAGAGUAUGCCACUGACGUGCUGAAGCAGCUACUGGCUGACCUCAUUGAUAAGAACCUGGAGAGCAAGAACCACCCCAAGCUGCUGCUCAGGAGGACGGAGUCGGUGGCCGAGAAGAUGUUGACUAAUUGGUUCACUUUCCUCCUCUACAAGUUCCUCAAGGAGUGUGCUGGGGAGCCACUCUUCUCCCUGUUCUGUGCCAUCAAGCAGCAGAUGGAGAAGGGCCCCAUUGAUGCCAUCACCGGAGAGGCCCGCUACUCGCUAAGUGAGGACAAACUCAUCCGACAGCAGAUUGAAUAUAAAACCUUGGUCCUGAGCUGUGUCAGUCCAGAUAAUGUUAACAGCCCAGAGGUCCCAGUGAAGAUCCUCAACUGUGACACCAUCACUCAGGUCAAAGAGAAGAUCCUAGAUGCCAUCUUCAAGAAUGUCCCGUGCUCCCAUAGGCCCAAAGCUGCAGACAUGGAUCUAGAGUGGCGACAAGGAAGUGGGGCGAGGAUGAUCCUGCAGGACGAAGAUAUCACCACCAAGAUCGAGAAUGAUUGGAAGAGACUCAACACAGUAGCCCACUACCAGGUACCAGAUGGUUCUGUGGUGGCUUUAGUGUCCAAGCAAGUGACAGCCUACAAUGCAGUGAACAACUCCACUGUCUCCAGGACUUCAGCAAGUAAAUAUGAGAACAUGAUCCGGUACACAGGCAGCCCUGACAGCCUCCGUUCCCGGACACCCAUGAUCACCCCUGACCUGGAAAGCGGGGUCAAGCUUUGGCAUCUGGUGAAGAACCAUGAACAUGGAGACCAGAAGGAGGGGGACCGGGGGAGCAAGAUGGUGUCUGAGAUCUAUCUGACACGACUAUUGGCCACAAAGGGCACACUGCAGAAGUUUGUGGAUGACCUAUUCGAGACCAUCUUCAGUACGGCCCACCGUGGCUCCGCUCUGCCGCUAGCCAUCAAGUACAUGUUUGACUUCCUCGAUGAGCAGGCUGAUAAGCACGGCAUCCAUGACCCGCACGUCCGCCACACCUGGAAGAGCAACUGCCUGCCCCUACGGUUUUGGGUGAAUAUGAUCAAGAACCCUCAGUUUGUGUUUGACAUCCAUAAGAACAGCAUCACGGAUGCCUGUCUCUCUGUGGUGGCCCAGACCUUCAUGGACUCCUGCUCCACUUCGGAGCACCGACUGGGCAAGGAUUCCCCCUCCAACAAGCUGCUCUAUGCCAAGGACAUCCCCAGCUACAAGAACUGGGUAGAGAGGUAUUAUUCAGACAUUGGGAAGAUGCCGGCAAUAAGUGACCAGGACAUGAAUGCAUACCUGGCCGAGCAGUCGCGGAUGCACAUGAAUGAGUUCAAUACGAUGAGUGCGCUCUCAGAGAUCUUCUCCUAUGUGGGCAAAUACAGUGAGGAGAUCCUUGGACCCCUGGACCAUGAUGACCAGUGUGGAAAGCAGAAACUGGCUUACAAACUAGAACAAGUCAUAACUCUCAUGAGCUUAGACAGCUGAGAACUGUCCUUCCAGGGCCAUCCUGGAGGGAGGGACACACCAAGCCGUGCCUCAGUCUAGAUUAUCAUCUUUACCAAGUGCAAGUUCCGACAGGCAUCAGCAGCAAUCCCCAAGCAGCGCCGUCUCUCCUUUCAUUUCUCUGCCUCUUCUGUCUCUCCCUCCUUCCGGAGCCCCAUCUCUUUCAGUUGCUCUGCCAGCGGGAUUGGACCACACCACUGACCCUCCAUCAGUUUAGGGAUGGCCAGGCCAUAGUGAGGUACCUGACCAGAUCUCAGAGUCAGGCUCCCUCCCAGCUGCUCCUGGCCCCAUGCAUCAAUGGCAGGGCUCAGAAAGGAUGAGGAGCUGAGGACAGAACAUUCCUAUGCUGCUACUUCACCUUUGCUUUGAGAAUCUCCACUGUGGUCCAAAACCUGGCUUCAGGAAGCAACUGUGAGCUCAGUAUUAUCUGAAGUAGGAGAUAUCACUCGGAUCUCCCGUUCAACACACUCAACAACAAGAGGCCAGGCAGUAGGCCUGGGUGCUUUGUAACUGUGAGAUAAAGGCCUUGCCUCCUACUGAUGUUGGACUGGGGACCAGUGGAAAUUUAAAGAUGCUCUCUCAGGGGCCGCUGCCUACCUGUUUGAUGUCCAGCAGCCUUCUGUCCCCUUCUAAUAUCCUUGGAGGCCUUCCAAAUGUCCAUACAGACCUUCCUCCCUUUCCUGUGAAAAGUCAGACAGGAAAGCUAACAGUUACAUUCCACCAUGGAGAUGCUCCUACGUUACCUAACCUGGUUCCUAAUAGCAGAAAUGUAAUACGGAGAGAGAGAAGAGGAAAAAGAAUAUCAUCUAUGCCAGAAGCAACAAUGAGUUGUUCUCUAUUCACCCCAAGUUCAAAUGCAUCAUGACCAUAGUCAAAGGUCCAUUGCCAGAGCCUUGUGUGUUGUCUAGAGAAGGCAUCUCCACGCUCCUUUGUCACCAUCACCAACACUCACCGUGAAAUGCAGAGUGCGUCAAGGAGAUUCUACCUCCAGCCGUCUCCAAGGCUCCAUUCCCCACUGUCUUUGAGAACUCCAUAGACGGCCAGGGCAGAGGGCCCAGCCCUUGUCCCUCCUGCAGAAUCUGGUGCCAUUGCUAUGCAGAUGACUUUGUCACUAGAGUGUCCAGACCUCUGUGGGAAUUGUUUCAUCAACAUCUCAGCUGUCCUUUCAGUGGUUCUUCCUCCUUAUCCUUUCUGAAGUCAUCCACCAUUGGAAGAAACAUACUUACACACAGCCUCACCAAGACAAAACAAGAUGCCAGCAGCCUCAGCCAACAGCUUGUGCCUGGAAGGGACUGGAGAGCUGAGUGAGGGACCUGGAUGGAUAUGGAGAACAGUACAUACCACUAAACCACGGUCUUGACAGUUAUGUCUCCAUUGUGUCUUUCCAUCUUUGGAUACAGCAUUUUGUUUUAGCCAGUCAGGCAAAUGUGUACACAGAAAUGUACCAAGUGGUUAUGCCAAGAGGUGGUCUAUUGGUGGGUCCUGGGAACCUACAGUCUUGCAGGGAUCUUAGAUACUUAGUGAUCCAGUCUCCACCAUAAGCAAGAAUCUCUUUUGGCUUGUUGUUGUCCCACACUCAUGGAGACAAGAGAGGCACUGGAGAAGGAGGUGUUAAUAGCAUUCCACAGUCUCGCCUUCCUUCAUUCUCCAUGCAUAGCAUGCCAUUACUUUUCAUCACUAAAAUGAGCCUCACAUGGGGCAAAGUCCGCCUGUCAUCCUGCACCUGUAAGGACACUGAGUCCCUUUGCAUACGAGAGAACAGGGUUGGGGGAGGCACCUAGGAACAUGCAAGGAUUUCUUAUCCCAUGUAGGAUGCUGAGACAGUCCCCUUCUCUCUCCCCUGGCUCAUCUGUCCAGUCUUCAGUGUCAGUAUACUUCACUGAGUGGUAGUGUAUACGGUAAGAACAUUCUUCUAUCCACAGCAAAUCAUGAUGUUACCUACCAAGGCUGAACUGUGGAAUCAGAGCAGAAGGCCCCAUGUGGUGUUGCUGUAGACAAACAGCAAAGACACGCCAAUGUAGCAAACAAGAAGAAGAGGCUGGGGAAAGAUGCAUUGGAAUCGGGGAGGGGUAAUGAAAAACAAAAACCAAAAACCAAAGGUUUUGGCAAAUCAAUUGCCAGGUGGAGACAUGUAAAAUUUCUAUCACUGCGUAUUGUUUUCUUCCAUGAAGCCACGGGAGCUGGCAGGCUUUAGGGUGAAUGUGGGAGUUCAGCAGGAGGAGCACCUCAGCUGCAAAGGUCUUUUUACACGUGUGAAGGGUUGGGGAGGAGAGAGACAGGAACCUAUUUAAUAGAGACUUGCAGACAGACAGAAGCUGUGUGUGUGUGUGUGUGUGUGUGUGUGUGUACAUGCAUGAGUGAGAGAGAUUUGAUUUAAGUUUUGCACAGUUAGAAAAUUAUGAACAAGCAGCAGAAGAGCUUGUGACUUUGCUGACCUUUUUUUUUUUUUUACUGGAUGAUUUUAUUGUUAUUAUUAUUUUGUCGGUACAGAUUUUUUUUCAUCAUUUUUUUUUUGUUGUUGUUGUUGUUACAAGCAGAACUUCAAACACCUCAGAGAAAUACACAUAUCAGGAAGAAAGAGGCCAGGACAGUCACAUUUCCAGGGUCUCCUCAUUUCUCUUGAGGGAGGGGCUUUAGUUAGAUAUUUUACUUAGUUGGCACUUCAUAGGCAGUCCUGAUGGCCUGCUUGGGGAACUCAGAAGUUGAGGCCCAUGUUGCCUGUAAAAACCUUCCCUUUUUGCUGCUUGUUUGUUUGUUUACUUCCCAUUUCUUCCAUUUGCUUUUUGGUGCAAGUGUGAUACAUUUAAAAGCAAGUAUAGGCAAUGUUGUCCAAAAUCUGUCAAACCCUCCCAUUUAUUCUUAUCCAACUCCUACUUGGGGUUUUCUAGUUCCUCUUAGCUGCCAGGGACCCUGGUGGUCUGUGAGCUUCCAGAGAACUAAAUCAGAGAAGCUAGGCCAUGCAAUCCAGUGGUGCCUUGUGCUCUUUCCAGAGUUCAUUUGCAGGGUGUUGCAGAGCUGUCAAAGGUGGAACCGUUAUUUAUCCCCUGGAGUUUGUUCAGAGGGUAUGUGGCGGGCGGGCGAUAGGUAGUCUCUCUCUCACCUCUCAUUCACCUCUACAUCUUCCUAUUCCUGACACCACUGGUCAAAAUGGUACUGAUCCCACAUCCAAAAUAUCUGGCUAGGUGAGGAUUUGAAUCUUGUAGGCCGAUUAGCAAGGAGCUCAAUGGGGUCCUGAAUGCAAAAGAAUAUGUAGAAGAAACCAAGGAAAGUAUCUGCAGGCUGGUUGUUUCUCUGUGGCCUAUGUCUCUUUAGGUGUGGGCAUGGUCUGGUCAUGUCUUCCUCCUUGGCUAAAAGGAGACACCCUAAUGUGUCUUGGUGCCAUGAAGUCAAGUUAGCCUUGGAGUUGGUUACUUCCUCAGGAAAAUACUUUCUUGCCUUCUUCUUUCAAUACAGUUUUAAACUUGGGGAUGGAGGAUAAACAGAGGAUUUCCCCAGACCAAGGUACUUUGCAACCCUGUGAACCAUGCAUGGCCAGAGCCAGCCCCUGGAGCCUCCAUGCAGGGAGUCCACAGCCCUGGAGUAAGCGUGUGGUGCCUCAAUGGGGCCAAGUUUGCAAAGAGAGACACUUGUAAUUCAUUUUGCAUUUCCAGGCAGAGUAUCCAGGUCAAUUCCCAGGAAGCACAAGCUACUCACAGACAAAAUCUUUCUGUGCUCCCACCCUCAACUCCUGCUCCCACCGGGUUAAUAUUGAUAUAGUGCCCAGCUCAUCCAGCACCCUAAGGUUCUAAGGUGUUUAUUUCCCACCCCACCCCUAUACUCCCACCCCCAAGUGCAUGUCUGUCUACUGACUAUACCCCACCCUGGCAGCUAGCUUCCUCCUUGUUCCUCCUUGAACCUCCUGUACAAGGAGCCUCUCCAAGGCUAAGUACUGAUUCUGAUAUGGGAGUUGCUCAGAACUUUAGUCCGUUAGUAGUCAGUGCCGUCCUGACCCAGCUUUGGCUGCUUCCCUGAGUGAUGGGGUCAUCCUCCCCCAGCCAACACCCUGUGGGUCGUCCACCAGAGGAGCCACAAGCAAUGAUCUCCAAGAUACGAGUGUCUGACACACUUUCCAGGACCCUGGGUGAUGCUGCUGCUGUGGUCCCUUAUGGCCCAAGCACCUCUCUCUGAUAGAAAUAAGAGAGCCUCCUUCCUGCCAUGUCUCCUAGGACACCCCAUUGACUUCACCAGACAGCAAAUAAAUGCAUCAUCUUGAGAAGGGCCAAUACUCCUGUCAUCAGGAACAAAUUAUCCUGAUUGCAUAGAACCAACUCAAGCAUCAUGCUUACAAUUGAGCAGCUGAGGUACCAUCGCAGAUGGAGGUAAAGGGGCAGCUCCUGAGAAAGAGGCUGGGACCACCAUGCAAGCUUACCCCAGAGCUCUGAUGGGGGCCACACCCUCUCUCCCAUUUAGAAAGCAAUCACUACAGGAAACAUUUCAAAUAUUAGGAGAGACUUUUUUGUUGUUGUCGUUUUGCUACAGAUCAUUGCUCUUCAAUAAUAUUGCUUUAAAAAAAAAAAAAGAGGGAGCAUCCAAGUUUAAAAAAACUUUUUUCAGUUGAAAAGACAGAAUGUCUUACCCUGAUGGAAUCCCUUGAGUAGACUGAUGGCUAUUAGAAAGUUGAGCAGAACAAGCAGUUCCCAAGGAGUAAAGAGAAGGUCAUGUUCUUGCUCCUCACAGAGAUGGUGAGGGCUCUAAGUAGUGGGGUCUUUGGUUAGGAAUCUCAAGUCCCUUCUCCCUCCUCCCUCCUUCCUCCUCCCUCCUCCCUCCUCCCUCCUCCUUGGGCUGCCCCUGGAAUUUCUGAAUCCUUCAAAUUUCUUCUCGGCUUCCUUCAAACUUCACUGAAACUGAUUUUAGGGGAACCCAAGCUCCCUGUCCCCCACAAUAACACAAAAACAAGUGGACACUCAAUUAGCCAGUUUCUUCCUCUUCUGCCCGUUUGUUUUGUCUAUAUCUUUAAAGUUAAGACUCAAGCACAUGUUGGAAGGGCUCCCUUAUGAGAGUGGAGUUCAAAACAGAGGGUACAGUUAAGCAGCACCCCAAAACAAAAACUUUGAAGCAGAGACCACUCCAGCAAACAGAACGAAGGAACAUUCCUGUGCAGAGAUCAGUUCAAUUCUAUCCAAGCAAGAGGUAAAGAGGGGCUGCGUCCUCAUCUGUCCCUCUGUCCCUUCCCUGGCAUUCUUGUCAGCUUGUUGCUGUAUUAAACCUUCUGUUCUUUAAAAGCAAAAGCUAGUUUACCUCAAAGAAUUGUACUUCCAUUUGGAAACCAAUGACAGGGCUUGAGAAUGGAUGAUAUUCCUCGUACCUCUCCCUACCUGGGCCUGGUGUCCUUGGGCACGUGGUCUUAGCUUAGUCCUGAGUUAGGUGCUCUAAGCAGGCACCAGGUCCCCAGGUCUGCGAUGGGAAGAAAGGAUUGUAUGCAGCCUUUCUCCCUGCUUAGCAUGUAGGGAACAAACAGCCUCUGUCUCUUCCAUCAGGGUCUUGUCAAGUUACCAUAGCAACCAGCAACUCCAGGUACCACAAAAGACAAUGAGCUGAGGUGUGAGAGAGAGCAUGGGCUUCUGGCCUGGUCAGAGGACCCAGAAUUAAGGCCCAGAUGCUAAGAGGGCAAAGGGAGGAGGGAUCGAACUGGAUGCAUGAAUGGGUGAAGAAGAAGCUGCAAGAGGCCUUGUGAGUCAGAGAGAAGCCACUGGCAGAGCUAGGACAGAUCGCUUCUGUUUCCCUCACCGCUUACCCUUCUCCAGCCUGCCCCACCUCUAUUCCAAACACUCUCACCUUGAAUACCAACCUUUUGAAAGAAGAAAGCAAAAUAUGCCUUUAGACGACAGUGUUACCCUGGCCGCCAGGACAGGAGGAUGGGAUCUCUGAAAGAAAAAAAAAAAAAAAAAA